AUGAGCACUGGGACAAGGCAUACUGUCCUAACAACUGGAAGAAGCAGCAGUGGGAGCGGCAAUCUUGGCGGAGGAAGAAUUGGGGUUUCCACAGCUUCUUCUGGACGGCAUAGUUCUGGAGGGAUAGCUGGUGGGAGAGCUGACUUCUCUGGCCGGAGCCAUGUUGGGGGAGGUUCCACUUGUGCCUACGGAGCAGGAAGAAGCCAUUUUUCAAGUGGCAGCUGCAGUGGGGCAUUUGGUGCUGGGGCACACGUUGCGGGAAGUGGUGGGUUUGGUGCUGGUUCUGUUGGGAGCUCUGCUGCUAGGAGUGGUGUAGUAGGUGGUGCUCAUGUUGGUGUGGUAGGCGGCGCUCAUGCAGGUAUGAUGGGUGGCAUGAUUGGCGGUGCCCAUGCUGGUAUGAUGGGUGGCCAUUGUGGCAUGGUUGGUGCUGUUCCUGCUGGCAUGGUUGGUGGCAUGGGUGCCGUCAUUGGAGGUGGUCAUGCAGGCAUGGUGGGCACUCCAUGUGGCUUUGCUGGUGGUGUGGUUGCUGGCCCAACAGUAGUUGGUGGGCUGGGUGGUGAUCCGAUGGCUUGUGGUGGGGUGUUCACUACCCUUGAUGGAAAGAUGACUAUGCAGAACCUCAACGACCGUCUGGCCAGCUACCUGGAUAAGGUCCGAUGCCUGGAGGAGGAAAAUGCUAUGCUUGAGAGCCGGAUCAGGGAAUUUUAUGUCAAGCAAGGACCCCUCUGCGAACCAAAGGACUACAGCAAUUAUCACCAACAAAUUGAAGAUAUUAAGAACCAGCUCAUUUGCACAAGUGUGGAAAACAACAAACUCCUUCUGUGCAUUGAUAACAGCAAGCUGACUGCUGAUGACUUCCGAACCAAGUAUGAAACAGAAUGUUGCCUCCGUCAAAAUGUGGAGGCCGAUAUUAAUGGCUUACAUCAGAUCCUGGAUCAGCUGACGGCCUGCAGAGCUGACCUGGAGAUACAAUGUGAGAAUCUGCAGGAUGAACUGUGUGGCUUGAAGAAGAACCACGAGGAGGAAGUAACCUGUCUGAAGAACCAGUCAACUGGUGAUGUUAAUGUAGAAGUCAAUGCCUGCCCUGGUCCAGAUCUGAGGAAGAUCUUAGAAGAGAUGAGGUGCAAGUACGAAUCAAUGAUAGAAUGCAACCGCAAAGAAGUUGAAGCCUGGUAUGGGUCCAAGAUCGAGGAGGUGAAUCGUGAUGUCUGCACCAGCAGUCAGGAGAUUGAAGAGAGCAACAAUAAGGUCACUGAACUGAGACGCCAACUGCAAGCCCUGGAGAUUGACUAUGAUGCCCAAUGCAGCCUGAGGGAUACCCUGGAAGCCUCCCUGGGUGAAACGGAGCAUCGCUACAACAACCACUUGGCUGAGCUUCAGGGGCGCAUCUCCGUGUUGGAGCAGCAGCUGGCAGAACUCCGGGCUGAAAUGGAGUGCCAGAACCAUGAAUACACAGAGCUCCUUGAUGUCAAAAGCCGGCUGGAGCAGGAGAUUGCCACCUAUCGCUGCUUGUUGGAGGGCGGACAACAUGACAUCGUAGGAGGAGGAGGAGGAGCUGCUAGAGCCAGCAGCGGGUCGACCGGAAGAACCGGAGAGGUUCGGACAUCCCACACUUACGUGACACAUUCCGCAGGGCAUUCGUUCCACGGAGGCCAUGUACACCAUUAAGGUGGGAGUGCAUGAGGUCACUGAUGGAGAAUGGACAGCUCUAAGAUACACAAGCACCUCUUUGUGAAAGACCCACUU